CACAAAUUCACAAGGGAGUGCACCCUGCAAAGAAGCUGGUUCAAGAAGCAUUCGCGGGCGCAGGGUGCAAGCGCAAUUGAACUGUGCAGGCCACAUGCGCACAUCACAAUGCGGGUUGUGCUGGAUGGGGCAUCUUUCGUUAGAGAGCUAAGUACAUAAAUGCUGCACAGAAAGAUGGUUGCGAGGGGUCAAGAGUCUGAGACGGGGUGCAGGAUAAAGCUUAGUGGCCAGCACUCAAGUUUCAGAGCUCGAUCAUCAAUUCUUUCAUAACAGUCCUGCGACCGGCAUCGUGCUUAGAAAGGUAAACACACGCCAACUGAUGCGCUGAAAGGCGUCAAGCAGCCCUUCUGACAAUCAUGGGGUUCUUUGUAUCUGCAUUCCUGUCUUUGAUAGGCUACGGAUGGGGCCUUGCUCUAGGUCUCAUAGCAGGCUACCUUUACUACCUGCAUCCAACAACCAAGGCCGAAAAGCCCAAGAAGCCAAAACUUCAGCGGGCAAGGACGCUCAGCCCCUCUAUACUCAAAAGCGCCAUGAACCAGAUUCCCGCUUGGACGAUGUACCCUGAUUGGGAUAGGACCAGUUUUCUCAACAAGGCAGCCAGUAAGCUAUGGCCAUACCUAGACACCGCCGUUCGAGACACCGUCUACGAGAUGGUCCCGCCAAUCAUUGAGCAAUACCGCCCCAAGCAGAUUACCAAGAUUGAGAUCGAGGAGCUUUCGCUGGGGGACUUUCCGGCCACUCUCGAAGGCGCUAAAGUGUUUGAUACAGUGGAUGACGAGAUGAUUGUCGAGACGACACUGAAAUGGGCGAGCAACGGGAGGGCAAGGGUCGGGGUCCAUGCGUUUGGCCUCAAGCUAACUGUAGAGGCGUCCGAGUUCUGGCUGUCCGUCCCCGUCCGCGCCACGUUCCGCCCGCUCGUGCCCGUCUUCCCCUGCUUCUCCAGCAUCCGCGUCACCAUGCCCAACAAGCCACGUGUCGACUUCUCGUUGAAGAUCGGCGGGGCUGACGUCAUGGCUAUCCCAGGGCUCCUUCAGAUCGUGCAGGACCAAAUACGGCAAGCAGUGGCGCAGCUCUUCCUCUUCCCGCAGUCGAUGGAGGUCUACACCAUCGAGAUGGGCUCAACGACUCAAAGACCGACUGGCGCGUUGUACGUCAAACUGAUCGAGGGCAAGGACCUGAAGAAGACGGACGUGUUUGGGACUUCAGAUCCGUUUGUGGAGUUGUGGCUAGACGGCAGUAAACGAUACACUAGCGACGUCAAGCACAAUACGCUCAACCCAAAGUGGAACCAGAUGUUCAACUUCCUGGUUCGUGAUCCGACCAACGAACGGCUCACGAUACAGCUGUUGGAUCGGGACAAAGUGGGGUCAAAGAAAGUGGCGAUGUGUCAAAUCGACUUUGCGGACCUAGAGCCCAACGAGUUGCGCGACUAUUGGCUGGACCUGAAGAAGGAUCUGGAAGGCGACGCAAACCCCAAAAACGCAAAGUUCCGUGGGAAGCUCCACCUAGAAGUUGAAUACCGUCCGUUUGCCGGGGAAGAUUUGGAUCCGGUUGAGGUGGGCGGAGUGGUGGGCGGAACGGACGGAACGGAGAUGAUACAACCGGACGUGGAAAUUCCGCAGGGGGGCGGGCUGCUUUCCAUUACGAUAGGGCAGGGGAUCGAUUUGAUGCCGGUCGAUCGGGGCACGUGUAAUGCGUACGUGGAGUUCAAGUUUAGGAACGAGUUGCACAUAACCAAGGACGUGAAGAAAGACACGAACCCAGACUGGGGCGAGCACUUCCAGAUUCUGUGCGACAGCCCGCCGCGGGACGAGUUUCUGUUCAUCCGGGUGUGGCAUCGCAACCGGGGGAAGGAUAAGCUAUUGCGGGCGAUGACGAACAUCAAGCAUCUUGUGAAGGCCAACAUUGAGGGCAAGAAAUCUCUGGGCGAUUGCAUGAUCAAUCUCUCCGAUGUAGUCAACAACAGGAGGAUCAACGACGUGUACCAACUUGAGCACACCAAAAAGGGGUCGAUCAAGGUUGAGUUACAGUGGCUCACGACAGGUCAAAACUAGGACCCUUGAGAAGAGGCUCGCUACUGGUCUACAGAAUAUUGUUAUUUGAGGAGUUGUUUUUAGAAUAUGACCCGGCUUGCUGGUCCACUUACAGAAGCCUUUGACAUAUAAACUUUGAUUCACGUUAUUUGAUCUAAAAUGGAGCAGGUAACGUUCAGUGAGUUCAGAGUGCCACUGUAGACCGUUUGUGCUGGCCGGAUUCUUCGUGGUUUGCGGAUAUAUAGUAUAGUCCAAACGAUGUGUGUUUUGGCCCGUAGGUCCGGUUCAGAAGUGACGGAAACAUGGAGUCCGCAAAGAGAAAUUGCUUGGAAAGAGCAUU